CAUCACAACAACCCAAACGCGGGUCAAAGUCAUUCAGGAAGAGUUCCUUCCCGGCAUUCGCUACGGCUCCUGCUGCCAUCUUCAUCUACGUGCGUGAGCCCCACGCGUUUGGCCUCAUCUCGCCGGCAGCGCUUCGAUGAGACGGCACGAGUUGCAGCCAUUGAGUCAAGUAUGAGCGCUCCUGUCGUCCGAUGCCUCACGCGCUCCGCUGGAGCGAUUCUAGGCCGACAAGCCUUGACAUCAGACGUCUGCGCAUGCACAUCACUCGCAUCUCAUAGGUGGAGAUCAAAGGCCUUCUCGACAUCAUACAGCAGAGCCUCUGAUGAUAUACAAAGUGUGGACAUAGCCAUUGUCGGUGCAGGAGUGGUGGGACUAGCUCUAGCUUCCUCUCUGACGAGAAAGGGUGUCUUGCAUUCCAAGACCCGACUAGCUCUCAUCGAUCCCAAACCCUUGGAAGCCAUUCAGCAAUGGACGCCUGGAAAUGGCUCUGCAUACGCAGAUGGAGUAGCGUGGAGUAAUCGGGUCAUCAGUCUGAACGAAGAAAAUCGGUCUUGGUUGGAAGCUCUAGGAGCACUGCCCGAUCAUCUGGACCCGAGGCGCAUGAAUCCGAUUCGUAACAUGCGCGUGACGGAUGGUUUGACUGGGUCAUUGAUGAGGGUUGACGCACCUCCGUCUGAACACGGAACGGAAGGCCGGCUAGCCAGCAUGGUGGAAAUUGAUGCACUGUGCAAAGCGCUCUCGCAGACUUUGGAUCGGGCAUCAUUGCAGUAUCAUGCGUCGACUGUGCGAUCAGUUCAAGCCUCUGCUACUUCAGAGGUAGAAGAACCACAAGAUGCGUGGCCCACCAUCAAUCUCUCUUCUGGCGCAUCGGUUCGUGCUAGAUUACUUGUAGGCGCUGACGGCGGCAACUCGCCGGUGCGAAAGUAUUCGAGGAUAGAAUCUAGCGCUUCGAAGGACUACGGAAAGAAGGGAGUCGUAGGCACAUUGAGAAUUGAUCCGGCGCAUGCUGUUGGAAGUGAAGGCGUUGCGCGGCAGAGGUUCUUGCCAACGGGUCCCAUCGCUUGGCUGCCUGUGUCCGAAACAGCAAUCUCGAUGGUGUGGACCUUGCCUACUGAGCUUGCAAAUGCCAUCAUCGCGAUGCAUCGUUCGUCCAACGACAACACACUUCUUGCUCAGCUCGUCACGGCAGCGCAUCGUCUACCCUGGCCUGUUCUACGAAGUAUUCUGCAAGCCAUUCAUACCCACCAAAACGUCCCCACUCCUGGAGACGCAAACCGAGACUGGAGCUGGCUCUCGCCUCUGAUCCUUUCAGAGCUGAACCAGCCUGGCGUGCCGGACCCAAUCGCCGGCCACGAGGUCCCUCCUGCCGUGCAAGAAGUGGAUGCCUCUUCCGUAGCAGCGUUUCCGCUGCGAAUGAAUCACGCUCAAGGGUACUCUGCCUACGGCCAAGGGGUGGACAGCGCAAAGUACAAUUUCAACAUCAACGACUCGUGGUCAGAGAUUCUGUCCAAGGGUAUUUCGCAAGCGCAAUCCCUCGCUGGAUUGAGGAAGCCUAGCUCUCUGGCCGAUUCCUCAGUAUCCGAAAGACCCUCGCAGCCAGGAGCACAUUUCAGCGCCUUGUCGCGCGAUCGAGCCAUCAGCAAGCCCAGAGGUCGCGUAGUGCUCGUGGGCGAUGCGGCACACACCACCCAUCCUUUAGCAGGCCAAGGACUCAAUCUGGGAAUCGCCGACGCCCGAAGUUUGUCCAAUCAUCUGGUCCAGGCAGCUCGGGAUGGUUCGGACCUGGGCGUCGCUGCUUACGCGUUGGCAGCCUACGAGUCGGAAAGAUGGGGAGCAAACGAGACGAUGCUCAAGACUUGCGACUCGCUAGACUGGGUAUACGGUUUCGAUAAUACGGUUGGUCCCACCGCCACGCUGCAAGACCAAGAGACGCUGGACGACACGUUUGAAGGACCCGAUGAUCCUAGAGCAAAGGUGCUAGCAGAGGCUUUUGUAUGGGCGAGGAGCACCGGUCUGGAAGUUGUGAAUGAGCUGGGACCUGUUAAGGAGGGCCUUGCUAGGUUGGCCGGCAGCGCAUACUCUCGGCCAAAGUCAACUACAGGCAGUGGGUGACAAGCCCUGCGCAGCAAUUCGAUGAGAUUGGCAGCAAUUCUGAUGGAAUGUGCAAUUAGAGGAGGACAGAAAAGCAGAAUGCACAAAAGGUCUGACGU